UUUCCGAGAUGUACAUUCUUUUCUCCUGUUAAUAAAUUCAUAGUUAAUGUUAUGUUAAACAUUUUAAACAUCAACAGUGAACUAGAUUUUCGACUGGAAAAAACAAUCGCUUAAUCUCAACAACGGUUUUCGUCUGUUUAUACAAUCAUGUGUUUGAGUCUCCAUUUCACCACUAACCGGGUUAAUGCGUUAGCAAGCUUACUGUUGCUGUUUACGCUUGUUUCCUCGGAGUCAACUUUCGUGUGCCCACCUUCAUUAUUAACUGCUAAUUGUACCUGUGAAACAACAAGUUAUAUCGUUAAUUGUUCCAGUGAAGUUAAUCACCGUAAUAAGCUCAAUUGGCUACAUGAUAUCCCAAUUGAAACAAAGACUUUAAUCAUCAAUGGACACAAUCUUGCAACUUUGACAAAAGAUACUUUUGGUGCAGCUAAAGAUGAACCCAAACUCGUGGAAUAUAUUGAUUUGUCCAAUAACAAUAUACAAUUUAUUGAUGGUCAAACAUUUUCUGGUUUUACCAAUGUAAAAAAGUUGAUUCUCAGUCAUAACAAAAUCCGUAUUACAGGUGACAAUUACCGAGGAUUAUUCAAGCCCUUUGUCAAUCUGGUUGAGUUACAUUUGGUUUCAGCAUUUAGCGACACUUCCAAUCCAUCAUUUGUACCCAAUCUAUUAACACUAUUGAGAGAAGCCAAUUUGACAGAGUUAAGUCUCCUCUCCCUGGAACUGAAUGGAAUCCAUGGAUUUCCUGAUUCUACGUCUUUCUGUUUCCUUCCAUCCUUACAAAAGCUGUUUCUUCCUGGGAAUUCAUUAAACCAAAUUCGUCUCAAUUUCACUUGUACACCUAAAUUGCGGACACUCGAUUUAUCUCACAACAGGAUUAAACAUUUGGACAAUGAGUCGACAGCUCUAUUGGCUGAUCUUCCCAGAUCUUUUCACAUUAAUUUGACUGGAAAUCCGUUUUCAUGUGACUGCCGAAGUGAACAUUUUCUUCGCUGGCUCAAACGAACCCCUCUAUUCAUUAUGGGAAAAGACAAUUACAUUUGCUUAUCUGGAUAUCCAUCUUCAAAUGCAUACCGGCGGCUAAUUCAGUUGCCAAUUACAGAUAUUGAUUGCGAUCCCAUGGAAAAUGAAUAUGCUUCAUCUUCUUUAUUAACCUUCUAUCCUCAUAUCAUUCUGGCCAUAUUGACAGUAACCGUGAUACUUUUAUUGGCUCUUGUCUUUUAUCAAGUUCGUUCUCACAUAAUGACCUUUUGCCUGGCUCAUGUGUUCAACAAAACCAAUGCCAAUUACUGUGCACUUCGACGCGAUGAAAAAAAUGAUACACUGCCUAGGAAACGAAUUAUUGAGAUCUCUGUAUAAUUUAAAGCAAUCAAAUUACAAAGAAAGAAAGAAAACGAAAUUUUCUAAUUUCUUUUAUAAAUCUCUAUUUAUUAUAUUUUGUAUUGGAAAAUUUAGUAAAAUAAAUAUUAAUUUCU